AUGUUAGGACUAACCACUUUUGUGCUUCAGACUGAAAGUAGCUUCAGUGAAGAGGAGGAGGAGAAACUUCAAAUAGCUUUUUCGCUGGAAAAGCAGGAUCUUCAUCUAGUUCUUGAAACUGUAUCAUUCAUUUUAGAACAGGCAGUCUAUCAUAAUUUGAAGCCUGCUUCAUUGCAACAACAGCUGCAAAGCAUUCACCUGGAUCAAGACAAAGCUGAAGCAUUUGCCAGUGCAUGGGCAGCUGCAGGUCAAGAUACAAUUGAAAAGUUCAGGCAGAGGGUUUUGGCCCCUCAGAAGCUUGAAACAAUUGGAUGGCAGCUUAAUCUUCAAAUGGCAGAGUCCAUGCAAGCGAAGCUGAAGUCUCCUCGAGCUGUGCUAGAGCUGGGAGUGAGCAAUGAAGAUUCAAAGGUAAGAAAUACAUAGAUUGGAGUCUCUACCUCUGUGGUGUCUGUCAGAAUGUUUAUCUAUGAAAAAGUCAGUAUAAAAGAUUUGAGGGGAAAAAUCAGAACUCAGUUCUGCUUCAGUAUUGCAUUUAAAU